AUCUGGGAAUUUCGCCAAGUAGCAGACAGAGUAUGGAAGGAAAUCAAACCGAUGGCUAACUAUGCUCUUUUUCUCAAGAAAGAGUUGACUGCUGUUGGAGGUAGUUGGGUUAAGAAAGUUGAACUAGAUCAGCAUUUACAACAUCUAUAUUGCUGUUCAGAAACUGAUGUAUUUUGCUAUGACAUGGAUGGUAAUCAGUUAUUUAAACUUGAAGGUGCUCAUAGAACCACUAUCACUGGAUGCAGAUAUUCAUUGAAGGCUAGAUUAUUAGUAACAUCAUCUGCAGAUGCUGAAGUAAAAGUAUGGAGUCUGACUGGUGGUCUGGUAACAACUUUACGUGGCCAUGCUAAGGCCAUUACCAAUCAAUUAUUACAUCCAGAGAGUUCGUCUUUAGUGAUGACAUCAUCUUUGGAUGGUACAGUUAGAGUAUGGUCAUUAGAUGUAAUGGAGUGUCUUUAUGU